AUGCUGGUCGGCUCCUCCUCUCAAAUGUUCCAACAAAUCUCCGGCUGCAACGCCGUGAUCUACUACCUGCCCGUCCUGCUGGAACAAUCCAUCGGGCAAUCGCACAACUUCGCCCUCCUCAUCGGCGGCAUCAACAUGAUCUGCUACGCCAUCUUCGCCACCUUCUCGUGGUUCUUCAUCGAGAAGAUCGGUCGCCGCAAGCUCUUCCUGGGGGGCAGCUACGGCCAAUGCGCCGCGAUGGUCAUCGUCUUCGGGUGUCUGAUCCCAGGCGAUUCGCAGACCGCAAAGGGCGCCGUCUUCGGUUUCUUCAUGUAUAUGUGUUUCUUCGGCGCGACGUGGCUGCCCUUGCCGUGGCUUUAUCCGGCCGAGUUAUCCCCGCUGAAGACUCGGUCUAAGGCCAACGCCAUCUCUACAUGUAAUAACUGGCUCUUCAACUUCACCGUGGUCAUGAUCACCCCCGUCAUGGUGGACCAUAUCGGCUGGGGCACGUACCUAUUCUUCGCGGCGUGGAACGCCGUCUUCAUCCCGAUUAUCUGGCUCUUCUAUCCGGAAACAGCGGGUCGGAGUCUCGAAGAGAUCGAUCUGAUUUUCGCAAAGGGGUAUGUGGAGAAGAUGAGCUACGUGCGGGCUGCGAAGGAGUUGCCGAAGUUGUCGGAUGAGGAGAUCGAGAGUAAGGCGGCGGAGUAUGGGAUUUUGGAUAAUAGUGAGAAGGUCGAGGAGCGGGUUAUUGAGAAUGAUCCGGCUGCGUCGGCGGGACGGGCGUCGUAUUUGCCGACGCAGUUGUGA